AUGCCACCUAAGAGAAAAUCACGUACUGGAGCCACGCCUGUUCGUGGAGAAGGUCGUACCACCCGUUCGUCAGCGAAAAAGGCGAAAGCAGAUCGUACCGAUUCGGAAGGGUCUGUAUCUUCUGACGAGGAGAAACCGUUCGAUAAAGGAAAGUUUAUGAGCGUGAUGAGAUACGAUUUUGAUGAUCUACUUACCAGUGAUCGCUUUGAGCAUCCGGACUUGAUGGGCAGAAUAGAACCUCACGAAUUUAAUCUCGAAUACUACGAACAAUCUCGUCUAGCAACACCACUCGUUUUUGACUGUGAUCCUCAUGAACUGGGAAUGAAAGUGCCAAAAGCCGACGAGUUUUCCGUCGAUGACGUUCUACGCCUCGUUGGUGGUGAUCGAAUGAUUGAAGUGGUUGAAGUUAGCGGUCAGACGAGCGUUAAAAUGACGUUACAGGACUUCAUUGAUUACUACAAAACUCCUAAACCCGAGCGAAAGACGCUGUAUAACGUGCUGUCGCUGGAAUUCUCCAACACGGAAAUGGAGGACAUUAUACAGUCACCUGAACUUGUUCGUCAAGUGGAUUGGGUUGACAAUCAUUGGCCGGAUGCUCUACGUCAACGAUACAUUACUUUCAAUAAGAAAGGCCAUUACACUCUUCAUCACACUUAUCCAAAAGUGCAGAACUACUGCCUCAUGAGCGUUGAACGUUGCUACACUGAUUUUCAUGUGGAUUUUGGUGGUACAUCAGUAUGGUAUCAUGUGCUAAAGGGUCAAAAGAUUUUCUGGAUGAUCGAACCGAGCCCUACAAAUAUUCGGCUUUAUGAAGAGUUUGUGAAAAAUCCCGAACAGACUGGUUUCUUUGGGAAUGUGGUCGAUAAAUGCUGCCGAGUUGUAUUGAAUCCAGGUACAACGACGAUAAUUCCUUCAGGAUGGAUCCAUGCAGUCUAUACUCCAUCAGACAGUCUAGUUUUUGGUGGAAACUUCCUCCAUUCACUCCGGUCUGAAAUGCAAAUCCAAGUCUAUCUCAGUGAGAACCGUAUCAAUAUAACGAAAAAGUUUCGAUUUCCGUACAUAGAAGAGCUCAUGCUAUAUGUAAUUGCGGAUUUUGUCCUGAAAUGCACAGGACGUCGCUACGUUCGACCGGCUCGUCUUGAUAAUGCGAGGUUUGACUAUGUGGGUAAAAUCUGGAAACAAAAAGGAAACCACAGGAAAGUGAUUAAUUACAACGAUUAUAUGAGCGGUGGCAUCCAGCUGGAGCCAAAAGAUCUUGCGGCUGUCGACAAUCAAUCCGAGAUACAAGAUAAUGGCGUAGUCAACGUGAUAGCCAUGCAUGCUGAAAACACUUUGCUCUACAACACCGCCGCUGCUGCCACUGCUGCAGCGACAGCGGCAUCUGCACAAAAAAUACAAGCGGCUGACGAAAACCUUGAAGUCGAAGAAGAGAGCCCAGACGAGAAGACCGACCAACAGACUAAUGACAAUACAAAUACAUCCCUACCUCAUCAUACGGAUCCAACCAUUUUUUACCAUGAAGCGUCGAUUUUCCACGAUUUAUAUGGAAGAUCAACUAGCGAUCAUCGCAAUCCAAUUGGUGAAGAACCUGUUAUAGAGUACAAUCAAGCUGAACUCGACCGAAUCUCACAUCUACUUCUACCGGAAUAUGAACGUCUCUGUGAAUAUUUGCGUAAAAAGCGGCUUCUUGAUGUCGCUGAAGGCAUUACGCAACCGGCCAGCCUACUGAACUGUUUCCACUGUAUUCUGGAAAGGAGGAGACAACAAUUGGUCGAGAUGAACCUACUACCGGCGGUUACACCGAAUGAGAAGAAACAAAAAAGAACGUACAGGAGACAGUCUCAAGGCACUCCAAAAACACCACGAACUGUGAAAUCACGCCAAAAUAGUGCCAGAGCAAGCGAAGAACAAGAGGAUCACGAUGAGUCGCACAUCGAUGCAGCAACAGCAGCAGCUGACAGUGAAGGAAAUAUGGAUAUGGCAGCGAACAUUGUAAAAGAUGAACAAAGCUUUGAAGAUACUGAAAUUAAGCAGGAAAACGAUGGUGACCUGGAGGAUGAGAAUAUCACGAAACCAUCUACUUCAUCACGAAAGCGUGAAUUAGAUGAGGAUUAUGAAGAAGCCGAUGCUCAGGCUGAAGCGGAGGAUGAUGACGACGAAGAUUAUCAAGAAAAGCCCAAGAGGAAGUCACACAAGGAGAAGAAAAGGAGGGAAAAACCUGAAAAGAAACCGAAAGAACCAAAAGAGAAGAAAACGCCAAAACGAAGGUCUUCACUAUCAUUUGAAGAUGCGCUGGGAGGAACACCUAAGAGCUCGAAGAAGAAACAUGAUCCGAAGAAAGACAAGCCAAUGUUUGUUGGCGGUUUGCCAAUGGCUGCAAUUCAGGAAGGUCCAGUUGUGCCAAACGCUUAUAAUUAUGACCCCAUGGCUGAAAUAAUGAAGCUAGGAACUGGUCAACUGCAGAGUGCCUACAGAAAGUCUAAGAUGAAUAUUUCACCGCCGAAAGAUAAGAAAAUUUAUAAGUUGGAGCCGAAGCACCAUGACGAAGAUAAUACCAGCAACAAUGUGGAAAAGGAGAAGAAGCCAGAACCUCCUCGACCACCCGUGAUUUCGCCACUUAGUGUAAAUACGCGACGUCUCAGUGAUGGAGCCCCACAGCGACCUAGCCCCACUCUCGCACCUCCUCCUCGUGUUGGUUUUAUGCCACGACUUCAUGACGUGAGCCCUUCCACUGCUUCUGCAUCAUCAAAAUCUCCGAUGACUUCACCAGCACCAAGAAGAAUUCAUACAGCCAGCGUAGAUGGGGUGCAGAGAUCUCCCGCUGAAUUCAGCCCAGCUCUAAACCGUCCAUCUCGUGGAUCAUUCAGCGAAUUUGGUCGAACUGCUGUACCCGGUCAGGUUUCUCCAUCGGCACGAAACGGUGCACCACAUCCAUCACCACAACCAAACCCUGCGCCAAUCUCGUCGUACGGCUCGCCAAGACUGUCCACAACGAAGCCUCACAUCUCUCCUGAUUCCACGCUGCGCGAUGAAGGACGUGCUCCCGCCAGGCCUCAGGACGUGAGGAAAGCGCGAUUUGCGGACAAUCCUGUGUCGGAAAUAUCACCACCACCUGCCUCCACCACUCCACCGUUCAUGCCUUCUCCUGCACCAGUACUGAGAUCUCCUGAUCAACCGCCGGCGUUCAAUGCUACGACUCCAACAACGUUAUCAUCGUCGUCAACAGCACAGCCGGUAGCUGUGACUGCUCCGCGAAUCCCAAUGAAACAGGCCUUGGUUCAGUUGGGGCAAAUAGUCAAGGAACUAAACGAGUGGUUGAUGAGCCUAGACCUUUUCCGAGAACUGACUCCUGUGGAAGAACUCGAAAUACAAGCGAAGUAUCUGGAUAGGUGUAAGGAAAAAUUCGUCUACAAAAAGCCAGUUGGCAUUGCGGUGUACUUUCGUGAGCCGCUUGCCUCAGCGCGGGUUGAGAAUAAGAAGGAACUAGAAGAAGCUCCCCAGCAAACCAUGAAAAGGAGGUAUACAGCUGCUGUCGUGGUUCUUGGUGACAUUGGACGAAGCCCACGUAUGUGUUACCAUGCAUACUCGUUAGCAACACAACUGAACUACGACGUAAAGCUCGUCGGAUAUUUGGACUCCAUCCCACAUCCGUUGAUCCACAGUAAUGAACAUAUCAAAUAUGUUCCUCUGGCACCACCACCUGAUCGUAUCACGAAACUUCCCGAGAUGUUGCAAUUACCAUUGAAAUUUAUUUGGACUUUCAUUGUUUUAUCAUGGGCAUUAUUAUUCAGGACUGGCUGGGACGUCAAGCUAAUACUGAUGCAAAAUCCGCCAGCGUUGCCGACAAUGUUUGUUUGUUGGGUGGUUGCCCGUCUAAAAUCCGCGAAGUUUGUCAUUGACUGGCACAAUUACAUGUGGUCGGUGAUAAAAGAUAAAAGUGGCAUUGAUCACUUAUCUCUACCACGACUCAUAGACGAUGGUUCUGAAGGAAAGGACUCCACCAGAGAUAAUGGGGUUAGACGCAAAGCGACUAGAGAAGAAAGAGACGCAGCAGCUAUAGCGUCCAGAAGAAAACCCCAUAACAGUGGUGAAAAGAAAGAACGGAAAUCUUUUAAAAGAAGUUAUAUUGAAUGGGUAUACCGGUGGGAAGGAGCUUGUGGGCGACGCGCUGACGCUGGCCUCUGUGUAACUCGAGCAAUGCGUGAAGAUCUGCAACGUGCCUGGGGUGUACAUGCGGCUGUGUUCUAUGACAGACCUCCUAGUUGCACGUUUAAGGAGUUUACGGUAAACGAUAAACACGAGCUGCUUAUGCAGCUUGGACUAGGUGAGAACGGACACAUUUUCGGCGCUAAUCCUGCAGAAGAUACAACUCGCUUCUCUAUUCGUGAUCCAUCCACGCGUGAAGUACACUUUCGGGAUGAUCGCCCUCUGCUUGUCAUUUCAUCCACUUCAUGGACACCAGAUGAAGAUUUUCAAAUUUUAUUGGAUGCUGCGAAAAAAUACAAUGAUGUGGCCGCGAUCAGUAGAAGCACGUCACCGGCUACUCGACUGCCCAUAAUAGUGCUCGUAAUCACCGGACGUGGACCAUUGAAAGAGUUUUAUAUGGAGAAGAUCCAACGAAUGAAAAUGGACUACGUUGAGGUUCAUACACCAUGGUUGGAGUCCGAAGACUAUCCACUAAUGAUUGCUACAGCUGAUCUAGGGGUGUCGCUGCAUACCAGCACUUCCGGUCUCGACUUACCAAUGAAAGUGGUUGACAUGUUUGGAGCUGGGAUUCCAGUGCUAGCUAAACGAUUUAAUUGUAUUGGUGAGCUGGUACAGGAUGGCCAGAAUGGGCAUUUGUUUGACACGGCGACAGAUCUUUUCCAGCAUCUGUACGCAUUGGCUACAGGAUUCCCCACUCAUUGCAAGAAGUUGGAUCAACUGAAGCAAUUCGUAACGGAUGAUACUUUACCGUCAUGGGAAGAGAAUUGGGCCACAGUAGCAAAGCCCAUCCUAGCACCGAAUCUAGAUCCUCAUUUCGAGCGUGUAAUGGCUAGAGAACCUGCAGAGCAAGAAUAG